CUUCCUUGUCGCCCCUCGAGCCUGCGCACUAGAAGCGCCUCGGCCCUGAGUCCUCCGGCUCGCCGUCCCUUCCCAGCAUGCCCUGAGCGGAGCCUGCGCGGCCGGCCGGGAGUUCGGGGAGAUUCGUCGCGCUAUGGAGGCGGCUGCCAGCGCUUCGGAUAUGUUCGACGCUAUCGUGAUGGCCGAGGAGAGAUUUCAUGGUGAAGGGUAUCAAGAAGGUUAUGCUGAAGGAAGUCAUGUUGGUGUUAUUGAGGGAAGGAGGUAUGGAGCACUACAUGGUGCCAAGAUUGGGUCUGAGAUAUACAUUUGUCGUGUCUUGUACUAUUCUACACUACUCUGUAUUUCAGGCAACGUCAGCGAAACUCACUUAAAGGAGAUUGGAUACUAUCUUGGGUUUGCGUUGACAUGGCAGCGUCUGCUUCACAGAUCUGCAGAAGAAAAGCCCAGUAAAAAAAUAAAGGCCCUAGAAUCAUUAAUAGGAAUGAUUCAGAAAUACCCUUAUGAAGACCCCACUUAUGACAAACUUCAUGAAGAUCUGGAAAAAAUCAGAGGAAAAUUUAAACAGGUUUGCUCAUCGCUAAAUAUUCAGUCUGAUUUUAGAAUCAAUCCUGAAAGAUCUGCACUUACUUUUUGAACAUAACAGAUGAAGAUAAACAUAUAUGAACAAAGAAGAAACGUUAAGGAACAGGUAUCUGGAGGAGUGAUUACAAUAAUAAUAAAGGCAGAUAAAGUCAGAAUAAUAAACAGGUUUUUAUUUUACAAAAGGGAGGGUAGAAGAGUUAAGCAGUAGUGGAAAGGCACCCCUUUAAUGUUUGCUGUGUCCCAAUUUUAUUUGUUCAUUGCAGUCAGUGCAUGUCCUGUUUAAAAAACAAAAAUGCAAAACCUCCAUAUUCAUGCAACACUAAUCCCAUAUUGAUAGUCUGUCUUUAAUUUCUAUGGGAAAAAUCAUUUGCUUCUAUGAUGGUUUGUUUUAUGAUGUUUCUCCCUUGUUUAUUAUCCAAAGGAUGGAUAUUUCAAAACAUGUAUAGAUCACUACAAAUUUACACAAUAUGUAUAUUUACACAAAUAGAUAGUAAGAUAUUUUCCUUGUCCUGAGGAGUUUACAAUAAAGAGCUAUGUUAUUUUUGAUGGUGAAAGGAUGAAACAGAGGAUGGGAUAACAGUGAAGAGGAGGUGUAUUACAGACAUGGUUCUCAAAGCAGCUACAGCUGAAAACAGAAUAUUGCUGCUCUGUUGUUGAUUUUCUGUAUUAUUUCCAUGAGCUCUGACAUCUGAUGUCUGAUCCAGUGCAGAAAAAAUAUAUUGGUAGCUGAAAGUGCUGAAAAUAUUUAAAAGAAAAAAGAUUGAGAUCUACCGCUUAGAAUAACUAACUAGUGGUGAGGUGUCUGAGGUAAUAUCUUCUAUUGGACCACUUCACCCACCUUGUCUCUCUCACAUCAUGAGACCCAAAAUACUACAAAAAUACUGCAAUAAUUGAGUGGUAAAUUAUUUCCAAGAUGGGAAAUGUAUUUUUCAGUUUCAUUCAGAAAAUGGAUGCUGUCAGAAUAUGUAAGUGAAUAUUCAACUAUGUUAGUUUAAGAGAAACAAAUUAUUUUGUUCAAAAGAUAUUCUGUAUUUUGGUGCUAGAAUAUUUAUGUAACUUUUCACAAAUAGAAUGUAAUGUGGUCACUUCUAGAAAGCAUUUCACUACAGUGUAGUGAAUGUAUAUCUGUGGCGCCACUUCAUUUAUAAUAAGUCUGAGCAACAUUCCUUUGUUAAUUUUUUAAUUAAUUUUUCUACAUACCAAAAUUCAUCAUAAUACACAAAGUAAAUAAAGAGGAUUACAACAUUCCUUUUAA